CACUAUACUUUUCCUACUUGUUUUGUAAUUGCAUCAUCUUGGGAGCCAGAAUGUCCUAUAUAAUUAAUUAAACAUGCCAGUGAUGCCACAACACCCCUUGUAAGUUGUAAGUUGUAAGUUGUAACCAUGACAUCGGCCAAAUGGUUAUUCAAGAUAACCUUCCCAUGCUUAACCCCUCCCAGGCCCAAAUCAUUACCGGAUAUUGCCGGUGACACUGCAGCUGCUCCUACUACACCACCACCCCUAAUUGGGCCAUCGGGCCCAAAAGACGAUGACAGGCACAGGCUGAAAGACGUUUUUGAUCACUUGGACAUUGACAAAGACGGGAAGAUAUCGAGCACGGAACUAAUGGAUUACUUUGCGUCCGUGGGUGAGUCCCUGAGCCGAAAAGUGGCAGAGAGGGUGGUCAACGAGUUUGACUCUGACGGUGACGAGUUACUCGAUUUCGGAGACUUCGUGAAACUGAUGAAGCAAGAGGAGAGUGAGGAGUUGGAGGAUGUUCUGAGAAGCGCGUUCCAGAUGUUUGAGGUUGAGAAAGGGUGCGGUUGCAUAACGCCCCAGGGCUUGCAACAAAUGUUGCGCCUACUCGGAGACGUUAAAUCCCACGAUGAGUGCGCGGCCAUGAUUCGACCCUUCGAUCUUGACGGUAAUGGCUUCCUUGAUUUUCACGAAUUUCAGCAGAUGAUGUCCCCAGCUUAAUCUUAGGUUUCCUUUUGCUUUUGCUUCUCUCUUUCUUCCCUCAACUCCACUUUAAUCAAACUGUAAAAUGAAACUCGAUGCUUUCUUACGUAAGAUAAACCCUUUCCUACAUAUGUCCCUCACUUUGGUUCUUGCAUUGCAUGAACUUUAAAAAUAUACAUUACAAUAGAUGAAAUAAAGUCUAUAAUUAUUA